AUGGCCGGGCCCCGUUACCGCCCGCCGGCACCGCGGGGCGGCGGCGCGGGGAGCGCCGGGGGCAUCGGCGCGGAGCGGCCCCCGCCCCGGGGAUCGGCGGGGCGGGGGUCGGUACCGGGCACGGGACCCCGGGUACCGGCGAACGGGGCUCGGCGCGCAUGCGCCGGCGGCCGUGGGGGCGGUGGGAUCCCCGGGGGUGAGGAGCGGGGCCGGUCCGCGCCUGGGGACCCCCGGGACGGUGCCCACUCGCGCCGCUUCCCCCGGGCGGGGGGUGGGGGGUGGUCGCGACACGCGGACACGCGUGAGGCGGGGGUCCCGCGCCGCAGUACCGGGGGCGGCCGCUCGGGGGCCCCCGAGCGUGGCGGCGCGCACCCCUCCACGGGGGCUGAACCCCCCUCGUGCACACACAGAGCUCUGCAGUUCCUGCUGGGCGUGUGCAAGAACGUGCACACACACACUCAAGUCCGCAGCACCCCCUCUGCAGAGGCUGCAGCCCCAGCACACUGGGAACGACUGCAGCCCCCACUGCAGCACAGGCGCAGCCCGCAGACACUGCAGCCCGUGCACAUGCACCCCCGGCUGCAGUCUCGGAACACACGUAUGCACACGGGCCAGUGCAGGUACCGGUCCCCGCGGUCCGUCAGGCGGCCCCGGUGCUGGGGUCCCCGCCGAGCCCGGGCUCCCCGGCGGCGGCGCGGGGCCGGGGCCGCCGGCGGAAAGUGUGUCACUGGGGCACGAGGCUGUCCCCGGGAAUCACAUGGGGGAGGCGGCGGCGCCGCGUGCGGCCCAGUGCGCAGCCGCGGCCGGUGCGGGGGGCGGCGGGGCGGGCGGCGGGCGCACAACAGCCCGCACCGGGCGGCGGCGCGGCACGGCUCGGCGCGGCUCCGCUCUGGGAGGCUCAAGGGGCCGGGACAGGAUGGCGGCCCCCGAGGCCGGCAGCACAGGUCAGUGCCCCGCCGGAGCCCCCCAACCCCGGGACCACCGUGCGGGCACCGGCACCGGCAGCGGUCCCCAGCACCGGAGCGGAUCGGGGGGCAGCGCUUCGGGACUGCGGCGAGGGGCUGCGCGCUGAGACCGCGAGUUGGAGGGGUCCGGACACCGGGACCAAGGGGUCCCGCACGCCCGACCGGGCAGGAUGCGCACCGGGGCCACGUCCCGGAACGGGGCUCCGUCCUAUCGGGACCGAGGGGUCCUGCAGAGCGGGUGCGGGGGGAUGGUGACAAGCUGGCUCUGGCGCGUGGCAUCUGUGCCAGCGGCACCGUGUGCGGCGGGAGACACAUGGCCGUGGUGAUCCCGUGUGUCCCCGACAUCACCAUCCACGUGUCCCAGCCCGGAGUCGUGUCCCGGUGCUGCUGUCCCUGCCCCGUGAGUGGGGUGAUCAGCUACGUGGGCUCCAACGGCGCCUCUCCCACCCGCACCAGUCCCGUGUCCCUCUGCAGCGACAGCUCCAACAGCAGCUCCCAGUCGGGCUCGCAGCCCUUCCCCACGUACUUCCCACCGUCGCCCACCGGCUCCCUCCAGGAUUCCCGCGCCUAUGGCGGAGCCACGCUGGCCCCCCAUGAAGACGGCUCUCCUUCCUCCUCAUCCUCCUCCUCCUCCACCUCCUCUUCCUCGUACAGCUCCUCGGUGAAUUUCCCCGGGGUGCAGCCGGUCCCCGCGGACGAGCGGCGCCGCAGCUCGCCGAGCAAAGCCGGCAGCACCGUCACGAAGCUCAACGGGAUGGUGCUGCUCUGCAAGGUCUGCGGGGACGUCGCCUCCGGCUUCCACUACGGCGUCCACGCCUGCGAGGGCUGCAAGGGCUUCUUCCGCCGCAGCAUCCAGCAGAACAUCCAGUAUAAGAAGUGCCUCAAGAACGAGAACUGCUCUAUCGUCCGCAUCAACCGCAACCGCUGCCAGCAGUGCCGCUUCAAGAAGUGCCUGCUGGUCGGCAUGUCCCGUGAUGCCGUGCGCUUCGGGCGCAUCCCCAAGCGGGAGAAGCAGCGGAUGCUGGCGGAGAUGCAGAGCGCCAUGGGCGGCAUGGCCAGCGCCCCACCGCCGAUGCCGGGGCCCGGCGAGGGUCCCGCCGCGGGCGGGGUCCGCGCACCGCCUCCCGGCCCCCCGCCGCUCGCCCCCCCGGCCUGCUUCUCCCAGUUCCCCCAGCAGCUGACGCCGCCCCGCUCGCCCAGCCCCGGGGGGGCCACCGAGGACGUCAUCGCGCAGGUGGCCAAGGCCCACAAGGAGAUCUUCAUCUACGCGCACGACAAGCUGGGACCCCCUCCCGCCUGCGACAGCGGUCUUCUGCGCUGGGACGCGCCCCCCGCCUGGGGCCAGGGGAGCCCCCGAUGCCCGCUGACCCCUGGUCACCCGCAGGCGUGCCCCAUGAACAGCCACGUGCCCGGCCGCAGCGGGCGCUCCGUGCAGGAGAUCUGGGAGGAUUUCUCCCUUAGCUUCACCCCCGCCGUCCGCGAGGUCGUGGAGUUCGCCAAGCACAUUCCCGGCUUCCAGGCGCUCUCCCAGCACGACCAGGUCACCCUGCUCAAGGCUGGCACCUUUGAGGUGCUGAUGGUUCGCUUUGCGUCGCUGUUCGACGUGAAGGAGCAGACGGUGACGUUCAUGAGCCGCACGCGGUACGGGCUGGAGGAGCUGUGGGCCAUGGGCAUGGGGGACCUGCUCGGGGCCAUGUUCGACUUCAGUGAGAAGCUCAGCGCCCUCGAGCUCAGUGACGAGGAGCUGGGGCUCUUCACCGCUGUGGUCCUUGUCUCAGCAGACCGCUCGGGUAUGGAGGACACAGCAUCAGUGGAGCAGCUGCAGGAGACGCUGCUGCGGGCCCUGCGGGCCCUCGUGCUGAAGACGCGCCCGGCUGAGACCUCGCGCUUCACCAAACUGCUGCUGAAGCUGCCGGACCUGCGCACCCUCAACAACCUCCACUCCGAGAAGCUGCUCUCCUUCCGCAUCGAUGCCCAGUAG